UCCUCCCCAUGCCUCCCCCUUUUUAAACUAACCACUUUCUCUGCGCAGCGCAGUUCAAAUCACAGAGAGGGAAAGAGACAGCGAGCAGGCGGCAGUGGUUCAUUCUGCAGUGGCCAUAGCGAAAAUCUGCCUUCUCUGCAAAGUCCCUGGGGAUGCAAACUCUAUUCAACGGAUUUUAUAGAUAUUCAGUUGAUUGCCUACCAAACGAAACAUAUAUUGCCUGAGAAAGAAUCUGCAUACAAAAUAUGAGUAAAAUAUUUUGUGGAAGGUACUACGCUGCGUACAGACCCCCCGCUAUCAGGAAUUAAGAUUUCCCCACGUGGCCACCCUGUUCUGUAACCAAUGGCAACAUCGGUCCAGACCCUUCCUCUGAGCCGUGACCCCAGCAAGACAUUCCGUGACCCCUACUCGACCCCUACCCGGCCCACAGCCCUACUGGCCCGGUGCAGUAUGGGUAGUGUAGGCAGCCUAGUUGAGCACCCGGACGCGUCCCCUGCUAAAGGCAGCCGGGCCGUGCCCCAGGUGGGACCCAGACAGACCAACAGGUUAUUAAAGAAAGGCUUCAACCAGAGAGAGCUGCUCAACUACCUCAACAUCACCAGGAAAGAGGCCAAAGCGGGUAGCGGCCCAGGCAGCAGUAGGAAGGCAGGCAGCAUCUUCUCCAGCAUGCAGUCCAUGAACAGAGAGCAUGGACAUGAGGAGGAACACAUCAAGCUCUACUACAAAGACGGAACUGAGGUGGACGUAUCAAAAAACUCGCUGCCCAUUGGAGGGAAAUAUGAGAAGUCUCGUCUCAGGCCAUCUGCCUUCAAGCCUGUCACACCUAAGAACUUUAGUUCCAUGCAGAACCUCUACCCUGCCAAGAUGGAGGACUCAGACCAGGGCCUGUCCAACGGGCUCCACCGGGCCUACGCACACACACCUAGAGCUGUCUCCACCUCCUCUUCCUCCUCCUCACCCUCCCGCCACGGAGGACCCACCUCCAGCGGAACCAAGGCGGUAGCGUCAGGGCGUGGUCUGAGUCAGGAGGAUGACAACCUGUCAGACUCUGGUCAUAACUCCAUGAACAGUCUUCCUCCAUACAGACCUCCCUUCAGACCACAGCUGGCUCACAUCAGUGCCUCCAUGGGCCACAUCAACUCCAUUGGCUCUCUGGACCGAGCAUCAAAGGUUGUGGGGUCGUCGGGGGUCGCCAUGGCGGAGAUGGCCAUGUCGUGUCGUAGCAUGGCAACGCUCAGCCGCCUGGCGCCAUACGGAGGGGAGGCUCCGCCCCCUUAUGAACUGUCACUCUCUGUAGAGGAGGUGGUGCGUGAUCUGGAGGAGAGGCUGGUGGAGAAGGAACUCGAGCUGAAACAGAUGAGGAGGAACCUGGAUGAGAGUGAAGGAGCCAUCGUGCAGGUGUUUGAAGGUAAACAGCGUCUGUGGGAGAAGGAGUUGGAGGAGUUGAAGCAUCUGUACACCGCCAAGCUGCGUCAGGUUUCCCAGCAUGCCCACCAUUCAGAGCGUGCACUGCAGCUGCAGCUGUACAAGGCCCAGCAGGAGACGAACAGACUGCAGGAGGAACUGGAUGCUCUGACAGGGGGGAGACAGAGAGAGGGUCAGGGGAGUCUGAAGGAAACCAGCCCUACUCUGGAGGAGACUCAGUGGCAGGUGUGUCAGAAGUCGGGUGAGAUCUCGUUGUUGAAGCAGCGGCUGCGUGACUCCCAGGCGGAGGUGACCAGCAAGCUGUCAGAGCUGUUCCAGCUGAACACCCAGCUGAGAGAGACAAGAGGAGAGCUGCAGAGCCGUGAUGGACAGAUAGACACUCUGCAGACAGCCCUACACGGUGCGCAACCACGACGACAGGGGAAAGAGGGAGCGGAGGAGAGUGGGACACUAGGGUCUCGAGGUUCAGGAGGGGCAUCAGGCUCUACAGAGGAGCGCCUGCGAGCAGAGCUGUUGUUAGAGCGUCGUCAGAGCGAGGCCCAGGCUACGGCCUUCGAGCAGGAGAGACAGACGUGGCAGACAGAGAAGGAGAAAGUGAUCUGCUACCAGAGAGAGCUGCAGGCCAGUUACCUGGACAUGUACCACCACAACCAACUACUGGAGACAGAACUAUACCUGCUCAGAGGAGGAGGAACGCUGGAGAGGGAACUGCAAGAUGUGAGGGGAGGAAGAGGAGGAGGAGGAGAGAUGGGAGACUACAGUAAUGAGUCACUGGAAAGGGAAGUGCAGGAGGUGAGGAGAGGAAGAGGAGGAGGAGAGAGAGGAAGAGGAGAGGAAGACAGUAAACCUCCCCCUGGUCUUCCCUGGAUAGAGAGGAUAGAGUCAUCUGAGAUUUGACUGAGUGGACACUAGAGGGGGGGGCCCAUUCCAAACCAAACACUCGCCCCCUCUUCCUAUCUCCUUGAUGAAGACUCAGGCUUCUUACAGACUUGAAAAGACAGGAGGGCCCCAAUCCAAACCAAAUCCUCACCCUUCAUGUCCUUGUGGAGGUCCCAGUUCCAAUUCCAAAACAACUCUGCACUCCUACACUCCUAGACCUGUAUGAACUAGACUGAAUAGUGUGCAUGUAUAAUCAGCAAUACAAUGAUACACCCUCUCUGGUACUGUUUAUUGGAGGUUCCACUUCCUGUUUCAAUCCUGCAAUCAAUGAUAACUUCCUGUUUCAGUCCACAUAUCAAUGACAGCGUAUUAGAGUCGAGAACACAGUACAUUCCCUCAAGCACGACCCUGACCAAACCUCACUUUAGAGGGCUGCUUGAAUGUACAAAUCAUAAUGAUAAUAAUAAUAAUAAUAACCUAUUUGUAAUUGUUACUUCAUCUAAUUUAGUUCUGUGUGUAUAUAAUCAACCAGUGUGUUCCUCACAGCCGUUCUGUGGGCUAGUUGAAGUUCAGACACUGACUGGGGUAAAGUAAGGGUAGGCUGUGUCUCAAAUAGCACCCUGUACCCUGUAUAGUACACUACUUUUGACCAGGGUCCUGUACCAGUAGUGCACUAUAUAUGGAAUAGGGUGCCAUUUCAGAUGCAUCCUAGGACGUUGUUCAAAAGGAUCUAAAGGGAUUUAGGAUUUGUCCCAGUGUGGUGAAGUGAGGUGUGGCGAGGUGAAGUGUGGUGUGGUGUGGUGAAGUGAGGUAAGGUGUGGUGAAGUGAAGUGAGGUGAGGUGUGGUGAGAUGUGAUGAAGUGAGGUGUGGUGAGGUGAGGUGAGGUGUGAUGAAGUGAGGUGUGGUGAGAUGUGGUGUGAUGAAGUGAGGUGAGGUGUGAUGAAGUGAGAUGAGGUGUGAUGAAGUGAGGUGUGAUGAAGUGAGGUGAGGUGUGAUGAAGUGAGGUGAGGUGUGAUGAAGUGAGGUGUGGUGAGAUGUGGUGUGAUGAAGUGAGGUGAGGUGUGAUGAAGUGAGGUGUGGUGAGAUGUGGUGUGAUGAGGUGAGGUGUGAUGAAGUGAGGUGUGGUGUGAUGAAGUGAGGUAAGGUGAGGUGAGGUGUGAUGAAGUGAGAUGUGGUGAAGUGAGGUGAGGUGUGAUGAAGUGAGGUGUGGUGAGGUGUGGUGUGAUGUGAUGAAGUGAGUUGAGGUGAGGUGUGGUGAGAUGUGAUGAAGUAAGAUGAGGUGAGGUGAGAUGAAGUGAGGUGUGUUGUGAGGUGUGGUGAGGUGAGGUGAAGUGUGGUGAGGUACGGUCAUUACAUCUCUGUAAUAAUCCAGGCUGUAUCACACCCGGCCGGGAUUGGGAGUCCCAUAGGACGGCGCACAAUUGUCUCAGCGUCGUCCGGCUUUGGACUGGGUAGGGCCGGCAUUGUAAAUAAGAAUUUAUCCUUAACUGACGUGCCUAGUUAAAUAAAAGUUAAAUAACAUAGAAUAAUAAUACGUCUGUGGUGUGUACAGUAGGCCUAAUGUAAAUGACAUGAAAAGUUCUCUUCAUUCAGGGAGCGUCCAGGGAGCUGGGCUCAGAGAGGAGACAGCUGUACCACUGAGUUAAGUAGGAUUACUAGACCAUCACACGCCAGUACAUGGAUGCUAUUGCUCUGCCAUUAACUAGGAGAAUUUUAGUUAUGAGGAUGACAAGUUCCUUUUUGGGGGGUAAAAUGACCCUUUAAGAAAACUAAUACUGUAACAAUACUGUAAAUAAAUGUAUAUUUAUUUUCAUGUGAAUCUAUUUUCUGCCCCCAAAUUACUAUUUUGGAAUGUGUAUAUAGUUGUAAUUUGGAUAUACUAAUGCUGCAGAAGCCUGUACUGUUUGAGUAAAGGACACUUUGAAUGAAUAGCCGAAUACAGCCGAAUAUUAAAGCUCUCUGCAUCCCAUUGGACUAAUUACUGAUCA